UCCACUCACACCGUCAUCGUCUCAAUCUGGUGGACCUUGUGGACCUUCGAAACACAAAGUGAUCGCACCAAGCCAAGAGCCCUAAGCGAGAAUCCACAGCACAACCCGCCCUCAUUCAAAGCGUCUUUUUUGGUCUCCUGUUGAAUACCCAUCUUCAUCCUCUACACCAGCCAAGAUGACGAAGCGCACCAAGAAGGUCGGCAUCACCGGUAAAUAUGGUACCAGAUACGGUGCCUCCCUGCGUAAGCAGGUGAAGAAGAUGGAAGUCACCCAGCACGCCCGCUACGUCUGCACUUUCUGCGGAAAGAACACCGUCAAGCGCAAGGCUGUCGGUAUCUGGGAGUGCAAGGGCUGCGACAAGACUGUUGCCGGCGGUGCUUACGUCGUCUCCACCCCCGCUGCCGCUGCCACCCGCUCCACCAUCCGUCGUCUGCGUGAGAUCGCUGAGGUCUAAAUGGGAGGAUUGUGGUUUCAUUUCUCUUUUACGGUUACGUUUGAAUACCAAAAAUGAAUGAAAAAAAUUCGG